CCUAACAAACGACAUAGUUAAAUAUGUGAGCGUAGUAUGUUAAUUUAUUUUAAUUUGAAGUAUAUUUGAAUAUUAUGGGAUUGCAUCGAUUUUUUUAUAUGCUACUUAUAAUUAUUGUAAUAAAAAAUUCAUAUUCUCAAAGGAGAAUACGAAAUGGAAAACCGUUGGGCGGUAAACCGAAGACAUAUGCGGUAUAUUUAGUCCGAUCUGAGAAGUCCACCGUUAAAUAUACAGACUGGGUGUGUGGGGGUGCCCUUGUUAGUAAACUAUUUAUCGUAACCGCCGCCGCGUGCUUGGAAGAUGUUGACUAUAUAUACGCUGUUGGUGGUGUCAAAGAUGUUGUUGAAUUUAAAGACCUUGGUACUCACACAUGUACGAAAUGGUAUAAAAGAAAAGUAGUAUACACAUGUGUGCCGAGAGCUUACGAAUUUGACUACGCUAAUAUUGAGAAGUGGUCAGCUAUCGACAUAGGCAUAGCGAAAAUCGAUAGUGAGUUUGCAUUUGAAAAAGGUUAUUGUGACUACGACCCAGCGCCUAUUCCUAUAAAUUACGAUCCUAAAUUUCAAGAACCUGGUACUGAUGCAAUAGUUAUAGGUUGGGGACAUAGUGAGAUAUGGAAACAACCGGGCGAUGAUGAACGCUUGUUGCAAAGAGAACCUCAUUAUGCAUCGGUUUCCAUUACAAAUAAAAAGAAAUGCAAAGAAGGAUACAGUGACAUACCAGAGUUACAAGAUAUUAUAGAGAAAUAUAUGAUAUGUACAAUUGGAGCGGGAAAUCUGGAUAACCAAGGUAAUAUUAUGACCACAUUGAAACCAGAGUCCGAAGGAUGUCCGCAAAGUAAUUCGAAGGGCGAAUGUCGAAGAAGUUUAAAUGGUAACAUAACUUUGGACUCUGUUGCUGACCAUGUGCCGACUAGGAGACAUGGCAUUUGUCAGAACGACCACGGUGGUCCGUUGGUGACAUGGAUCGGUGGUAGAGAGUACCUCAUCGGUGUUGCGUCCGUAUUCCGGGUGAAUAAUGAAUCUAAAUGCGAAGGACCAUAUUUAUUCACAAGUACACAAUGCAACGGAGCCUUUUUAAAUUGCAUUCUUAAUCCAGAGAAGAAAUCAAGACGUGCUAACUCCAUUUGUGACAUGCCAGCAAAGGAGCGAGGUUUUGAAAUGAUACAUAGACAUAUAUCGUGGACUAAUCAUCCAGAUGGGCCGGCUGAAAAUGAAAAAGUAAAUUACAGGCCACUUAUACCAUUAAGGAGUUUUCAUAAAAACAGAAAAAGAUCGAAAAAUUACGGAACAUGA